ACUAAUUUUCCAGACAUGACAUCCAGAUUACACCACAUUUCCAAAGAGCUGGAAAAAUGUGUCGAAUUUUUAGAAGACGAUGUUAAAAAGAGCCUCAGCCAAGUCUCCCAAAAAUUGGACGACAACCUUGUGGCUUUGGAAGCAAGUAAAGAUUAUCAUUACAAACAGAUCUUGAUACAGCUUCAACAAAUCAAAGACUGCAUCAAGAUAAUUGCAACUCAUGACCAGAGUUUACAGUCGUUACAAGGCAAGAUUAACAAUAGUUCAAGAAUUGAUAAGAGUUAUAUAAAGAAGCAAGUUGAGACGUUCCAGAAUUUUGGGACGGUUACCACAAGGGAACAUAAGCCGAUUAGAUCAAGACAAUCCCAAAUGAAGUGUCUGGAAUGUUGGGAACAGUUAAUGGAGUCGCCGGAACAACUCAACAUUCCCAAAAGAAGUAACAGUUCUAGGAAGUUGAAGAAAAUUGUUUCCUCAACUUUUGAGACGUUUUUGGACAGUGUUGAAGCAACAAAUGACGAAGUUGAGCUUCCGGAGGGAAUUGAAGAAGAAGAAAUGGAUACUAAGCCUCGAAUAGUUGAUGUUAUUUACAAAAAGGACAUAAAUGAGGAAAUUUAGGUUCUCCCUAUUGUUAUUAUAUCUUAUCACUUAUCAGUUGAUAAAUUGUUCAGUUGUGGGAUCGAACUUCACAUUUUGCGUCUACAUCUUACUAAACUGUGUUAUUAAAACC